CUUUAUAGUAUAAAGUUAGAAUUUUUCUGCACCACAAAACUAUACAAUUUCAUAUGGUGGCAACUGGCAAGCUUACCAGAGCUUUGCUGUAGUAGCUCCACCUCUACCUCCACCUGAAGAUCACCCGGCCGGGCACCGAUGGAAAAGACGGCGGCGACCGCCUUCACCAACUGCGUCGUGGGGAAGCUCCUGAAGGUGCUCGAGACGAAGUACACGAUGAUCAAGGACCUCAGCGACGACAGCGCCUCCUUGCAGCAAGACCUCCUCCUCCUCGCGGCGCACAUGGACGACCAGCUCCGGCGGCCGCCGUCGUCGUCGUCGGCGGCGGCGGCGGCGGACGAGAGCCCCACCGCCGUGCUGAGGGCGUACACCAACCUCAUGCGCGAGCUGACGCACGACAUGGAGGACUCCAUCGAGCGGUUCCUCCACCGCGUCACGCUCGUCGACGACGGCGCGUCCUGGCCCCGCCGCGCCGCGCACUGGGCGAGGACGCUCCGCACCCGCCUCCGGUUCGCCGCCGAGAUCAAGCAGCUGAAGCGGCGGCUCACCGAGGCGCACGAGCGCCUGCAGAGAACCCCAUCGCCACUGCCCCGGCCUCACCCCAUCGCCACUGCCCCGGCCCCACCGCCGCAGCCUCAAGUGGAGCUGAACCCGGUGGGCAUGGAGGGGCCCAUCGAGCGCCUCGCCGGGAUGCUAGACGAGCACGGCGGCGGGCCGCAGCAGCUGCGGGUGAUCGCCGUCGUCGGGUUCCGCGGGUCGGGGAAGACCACCCUCGCACGAGCGGUGUACAGUCGGGCCGCCCGCCAGCGCCAGUUCCGCCAGCACGAAUGGGUCGACGCCUCCAAGUCGACGGACGUCCUCGCCGACGUGGUCCGGAGAGUGUGCCCGGGGAAAGACGAUGCUAGGGAAUCUCACGAGGAGAAUCUUCGAAACCAUCUCAAGAAAGCGGGCCGGUAUCUAAUUGUUCUUGACGACAUAAACAUGGAGCAGUGGGAUGCCAUAGAAUCAGUGUUCGAAAACAAUGGCAGAGGCAGCAGGGUGAUCGUCACCACGGCCAUCUUGUCCGUCGCCAACCGGUGCACCGCCUGCAAGUCCGGACCCAACGGCGCGUGCGUCCGCCGCCAUGGCUGGGUCUACAGGAUGCAGAGUCUCGGAGAAGCGCACGCCAAGGAGCUCGCCCUCGGAGGCGGCGCCGCCGAGCGGCCGCCGGAGCUGGAGCACGGCUCGGCCACGCUCAUGGCGAAGUGCGACGGCUUCCCGCUCGCCCUCGUAAGCGUCGCCAACCACCUGCGCUGCCAUGACAAUCCCACGGGGCGGCACUGCGCCGACCUCUGCCACCUCCUGGGCUCCCUCCUGCUCGACGAGCGCAACGUGGAGCUGCUCGCCGGGAUGGCCACCGCGGCCGACAACUUCGCCAGGCUCCGCCGCGUGCUGAUGGACAGCUACGCCGCGCUCCCGGACUACGCCGCCAGGACGUGCCUGCUGUACCUGGCCGUCUUCCCCAGCGGCCGUCGCUUCAAGAGGAGCGUGCUCGUACGGCGGUGGCUCGCCGAAGGGUACGCGCGCGGCGGCGAGGACGUCCUGGGCAACAGCACCGACGUGAACGUCGCCGACGGCCACUUCGGGUCCUUCCUCGACCAGAGCAUCAUCUUCGUCCAUCCUGCCGACGACGACACGGCCGGAGAGGGAGACGACGACCACGAUGGCGGCGACCACCAGGCGGCGGCGGCGGCGCGGACAAAAUGCAGGACUCACGGCAUCGUGCACGAGUUCGUCCUGCACAAGUCCAUGGCCGAGAACUUCAUCCUCUCCUCCCGCGCUCCGACGCGCAAGAGCGUCCGCCACCUCUCCAUCCACGGCGGGAACACGACGACGACGCUGAGCACGACGGACCUGUCUCGCGUCCGGUCACUGACAGUCUUCGGCGACGGCGGCGACGCCGUCUCGAGCCUCCGGAAGUGCAAGAUCCUCAGAGUCCUCGACCUCGAGCAGUGCACCACCGCUCUGAGCGACAAUCACCUCGCCGACAUCUGCAAGCUCUGGAACCUAAGAUACCUAAGCCUCGGGAGCAGCAGCGGCAUCACCAUGCUCCCGGACAAGAUCCGAAGGCUCAAGCUCCUCGAGACGAUCCAUGUCAGCAAGAACAAGGUCACCGAGCUGCCAGUACAAGUCAUCGGGCUGCCAUGCCUAGCCCACCUGGUCGGAAAGUUCAAGCUUCUUCUCCCAGAUCACCAUGCGAGGAUGACGACAGCAGUGAAUAUCAGCAGCGAGCUCCUCGAGCUCGCGAAGAAGAGCAAGCUCGAGACGCUCACCGGCUUCGUCGCCGACGAGAACGAGCAGGCGUUCCCGAGGCUGAUGAGCAACAUGCGGAAGCUGAGCAAGGUCAAGAUAUGGUGCGAGUUCACGGAACCACAAGGCGGCGGCAGCAAUGUCUCGACGCCGGCGGCGGCGACAACCGACCACCUCGCGGAUGCUAUCCGGAGCUACAUCGAGGCGCCCAAGGUUGAAGAGACCGACGCCCGGUCGCUGUCCAUCGACACGGCGCAGUGCUCGAAGCGGCUCAUCCGUUCGUGCCAUGGAGAGAGCAAGUUCUUGCACUCCCUCAAGCCCCCAUGCCGCAGCUACCUCACCUCGCUGAAGCUCCACGGCGACCUGUUCCGGCUGCACGGCCUCAUCUCCAUGCUCAACAACCUCAACGACCUCUGCCUCUCGUCGACGACGACGACGCUGACCCGGGACCUCGCGUCAGCCAUCGGCGGGCUGCCGCUGCUGCUCGGCCUCAAGCUGAUCGCGCAUCGCAUCGAGCCCUUGGAGAUAAAACGCGACCAGUUCCGCAGCCUGAAGCACCUGCUCCUCGCCGUGCAGCACCCGGUGCUGCCGGAGAUCGAGCAGGGCGCGCUGCGGCAGCUCGUCACACUCGGGCUGCUCUGCGAGCGCCUCUCCGGCAUGGUGCAGAUCAGGCACCUCGAGCGCCUCAGGGAGGUGGGCCUCGACGCCCGCGUGGGCGAGGCGACGCGGCGGGAGUGGGAGGCGGAGGCCAGGAGGCACCCGAACCUGCCCACCGUCUUGCUGCUCAGGAACACGUACAGCGUUGUGCUGUCUGACGAAACUGACGGAAGGGAUGUUGAUGGUGCUCAGAAUGGUGGCGAUGAGGCUGCUGGGAUUGCAGCUGCUCCUGAGAGAUCUUCACCUGAUGCUGCUGCUGCUGCUGUGGAGGGAUCAGAGAGCAGCAGCGUUGUGCAGGUGGGAUCAGCAGGCAGUGCGUUCCAGUUGAGUGGUGGUGAGUCUGGUGACCUGACCAAGCCUACUCUGAAUAAUUCAGUCGCUGUAGUAGAGGAGACGGCGCCUGAUGCUCAAGAGGUCUCCAGCAGUGUGAAAUUCACAAAGUCAUAUUAUGAAGACUGCUGCCCCUGCUGAGGACCGUGACUAGCACAUCUAAAUGCUGCUAAGGAUAUUGCCGUUUGGUGACAUGACUGAAUGCUAGCUUCUAGCUGUGUCUUCAGGAUCGAUAAAUCAGGCUAUAAGCCAACGUGGAAAAUAGAAAUAAAUAAAUAAAUAAUAAGAAGUAUUGGCUUUUUUAUGUACUC